UUGUAGAUUGCAGUCUGUUCAUUGUUCAUUCAUAAUACAAUUCAGUUCUGUUCUUCAGUGUUCAGUGUUCAUCUAUAAAGCUACAAUCCUACAAUGUUCCUUUGUUAACUAAUACUGAUAAAUGUAUAUGAUUAGGUGUUAUUCUGAAGAAUCUGUUUACAGUUCGGUCAAGUGCUCUUUUGUUGAAAAAUCCUUUGUUUUGAUAGUUGAGUGAAGAUUUCGGGUCUGAAGAAUUCUCAUUACUGUAGAUCUGUAGAUUUAAACAAACCUUUUAGCAAUUUAUAACCCUGCAGUAACUUUUAUCUUAUCUCCAGUCUCUAUGCAAAGAAUUAAGAACGUACAUUUGCAAACAUUUUAAUCCUUAGAUAUUAUAUUGAUGUAUCAUUUCAAAUUAUAAUUCAAGUAGGCUAGAGAUGGUUGCUAUCAAAAACUGUUUCAGUUACUAUUGCAGAAAAAAGGUUUACUCAACUUGUAAAUUGUAGCUCACAAUUUCUCAUUUUUUGUUAAUUUUCAAAUAGAGCAUUCUUCAAUAUGUCAACCACCAAUGUGCCAUUUGGAAUAAAAGUUGUUCAGAAAAUAGCUGGAACAUGUUGUAGCUCUGUAAACUUCAACCGGAAUAGAUGGUUUCCUGUGAGUGUUUGGAUCCUGACAUUCCUCACCUACACAUAUUACCAUGCCACAAGAAAACCAAUCAGUGUCGUGAAAACAAUUUUGAACAGAAAUUGUACGGGUUUAGUACCCCCACCUCACACAAAUACAUCUGACGAAAACUGGUGUGACUGGAAACCUUUUGAUAGACCAGAUGCAUCAUCACUUCUUGGUGCCUUGGACUCUUCGUUCCUCUUCGCUUAUGCUGCAGCCAUGUUUAUCAGUGGAAUAGUAGCUGAGCGAGUUAACCUGCGCUAUUUCCUGACAGUUGGUAUGAUAAUGUCUGGAAUAUCUUGCUGUUUAAUGGGAGUGGCCCGAAUCUAUAACAUUCACUCCUUAUGGUAUUUCAUAGGAGUCCAGGUAAUGGGAGGCAUUUUUCAAACGACUGGUUGGCCCGGAGUCGUGACAGUGAUGGGAAAAUGGUUUGAGAGAGAAAGAAGAGGUCUGAUAAUGGGCAUCUGGAACUCGCACACGUCGAUCGGCAACAUUCUGGGGACAGUGAUCGCCUCGCACUACCUGGACGCCGACUGGGCGCUCUCGUUCAUCACCCCCGGCUGGCAGAUGAUCGCCCUGGCCGGCCUUGUCUUCCUCUUCCUCGCCCCCUCCCCCAAGGAUGUCGGCUGUCCUGAGCCCGAUCGCCACCUGCAGACUGCGACGGCGCACAAGCGGUUUGGAGCAGCUAGUAAUGGCGGCUACCGUAGGAUUCCAACGGCCGGCGGGAGUCUGGCUGACAAUGAGGAACAAGAUGAAGCUGAUUCAGUUAUUUCGUCAGACUCUGAUCUUCUAACGCAAGAGGAAAAUGUCCAAAGAAAUAAUGAGGAUCAUCCCAUUCUUUCCAAUCCAAAAGAGAGAGCAGUAGGCUUCUGUGGUGCUUUAUGUAUACCUGGAGUGAUUGAAUACUCGUUGUGCCUAUUUUUUGCCAAACUUGUGUCUUACACAUUCCUUUUCUGGCUGCCACUUUAUAUCAACUCAUCAACAACCCUAUCUCCCAAGCAUAGCGCAGACUUGUCGACAGUUUUCGAUGUGGGAGGGAUCUUCGGAGGAAUAGUGGCUGGCAUCAUAAGUGAUUCCUCCAGCAUGAGUGCUACAACUUGUGUGGUCAUGUUUGUGCUAGCCAUUCCAAUGUUAUUCGUGUACCACUUGUACGGCGGUGACAACCUGAUGACGAACGGAGCGAUGCUGCUAGUGGCAGGUGCCCUGGUGAAUGGACCCUAUGCACUGAUCACAACCGCCGUGUCGGCCGAACUGGGCACUCACAGCUCGCUGGCCGGAAACUCAAAAGCUCUGGCCACUGUCACGGCUAUCAUCGAUGGAACCGGAUCUAUUGGAGCUGCUGUGGGUCCAUUAUUAGCAGGAAUCGUAUCUAGCAGCCUUAGUUGGCAGUAUGUGUUCUAUAUGCUAAUGCUUUCUGAUCUGAUGGCACUACUGUUACUGAUCAGACUGAUGGUGGGUGAAAUGAGGAGGUGGCGAGAGGCCAAACGUGUUGCCUGGAACUCCUAGCGAUCGGACUGACUAGUUCUAGUUCCUAAAUAGAUUUAUGUCAAGCAUUUUUCUAAAAAAAAUUAAAUGUCGAAUAAGAAAUCUCGUAGGUUAAGUUUGAAUAGUUCUCAUUUUAAAAGCUGCUCUCCAAUCCUGCGUCACUCUUUGACAAACCAGACUACUGUCUGUAUGUAAAACAAUUCAAUUUACAUUGUAAAACAAUUUUCAAUAGGCCUAUUUUUAGGUUUCAAUAGGCCUGUUUUACACAGUCUAAAACGAAAACUUGUUGUUUAUUCCAUCUGUAAGUUUAAUGUGCCAGAAAGUUUAUCAUUUCUUGUGUCAAUAAUAUUUGCUUUACUCAGUACACUCAUAACAGAUUAUAUAAAAGAAAAUAUUAAUUGUUAUUUAUAAUUUUAAAAGUAGUUAUACGUCAGGUCAAGAUUUGAACCAUGUAUUAUGAUAGAGAUAAUUUUGUUAAGUAAUUUUUUAUUAUAAAUGGAAUGUGAGUGACCAUAAUUUUGGUAUUUAAAAAUGUUAAACAUUAUAUCUAAAAUUGCUCAACUUGUUGGAAAAAAUAGUGUAUGAACUUGUAUAAUAACUGUGAUUCAUAAUUUCAAUAUUGUAGACUAGAAUUUGAUAUUCUAUGGGAAUAAAUUGAUUUUAUUAGAGUAGGUAUCGAUUCUUCCAAAUCUUGAAAACCAUAUAAAUUAUAUGUUAUACCUUUUAUUACGUUAUAUUAUCAAUUAGAUUAUAUUGUAAGUGGUGUAUUAUAAAUGAGUAAAACUCAUUGUAAAAAUCAACAACCCCUCAUUAAAAACUGUACCUAAUACAAGAAGAAAUUGUCUUAGAAUUCUUAUUCAUUUCACUAUUGUGUUUAAUAAAACAGAGUAUUCGAGUGGUUUAUUGAUAUUUUUUAUCUCAGUUGAAAAUAACUUUAAUUUUCGUAUGCUUCUAUCAAGGAUAAUUUGUUUCAGACUUUAUUAGAUGUUUACGUCUAGACGUCGUUGUUGUAUUAUCAAUCACCCAUACACCAAGUGUAAUGAUCAGGCUCGACUAGGAAUAUCUGAUAUCAUAAUAAUCAAAAAUUAUGUAUUAUCCAAAUUCAAUUACCGUAUGUAUAGAGUACAGUAAAAUUUAAAAAUUCCCACUAUUGCCUUCUAAUAUUAAAUAUUUUAAAAAAUAUAUUGAAAUAAUAUUUGAACUUUGAUCUAUUGCUGGGGCCAAAGUUUAAUUUUAUAUUAAACUUGAAUCGUAUGUUACCAUUUUUAAACCAUAUUUUAUAGAAUAUUAUAUUGCUCUUGUAAUGUUGCCAUAUUUCAAUCACGAAAAACAGUAUCUAUUGUGAAAUAAUGGAGUAUCUUACACAAAAUAAAUAUAUUUGUAAUUGGAUUGUAAACCUGACAGCGAUCAGGUUGAUAGAUCAAAUUUUGCUUUCUGUUAGGACUUGAAUUAUUUUCUUUUUGUUAAUUCCCUAUUUGUUACCCCUUUGUUGUCUCCUUUUAUGAGUCAACUUAUAUUCUUAUUUUGGUUGAUAAAGAGCCAUUAUUUUCUUCAAGCCAUAUAUUUAUUCUUGAAUAUACUGUAUUUUACAGUUCUGGUAUGUUAUCCUUGAAUUGUCUGUCCAAGGUGUAAUUUCUAUGUGAUGCUAAAAUUGUCUAAAUUUCUAAAUUGACUUCUUCUAUUUUGUUGCCAUUGCCCAUAUUUCUUAUGUAUAGUUUUACAGUGAUUCCAAGAAUUAUUGUAAGAUACAUUCAAUAAUAAAUUGUAAAAUAUUCUAUUUUUUCUACAACGUAUAUUCUAACAUAUGAAUUGUAAAACAGAUACUCAUGACUAGAAAUAAUUAUUAAUCAAUAGUUUACCUCCAAUAUUGUGACAAUUCAUUUAUUUUUAUAAUAAUAAUAAAGCUUUAAAUCUAUUCUUGUUGAAAAUUUUUACAAAAAGGACUGCCUUUGUCGACUAUCAUUCAUUAAGCAUUUUUGUGUUGAAAACAGGAAUUAAAACAAUAUUUGGUACCUCAUUAAGCAAAUCCAUGAUAUAAUUUCAGAUUUAUGGUUUUAGUGUUGUAACUUUAAAUAUGUAUCAUCGUAUAAUAAUUAGUCUAUUUAUAUUGUUUGCUAGGUAAUAUGAAUAUACCAUUCUAUAUAUUUUUUUGAAAAGAGAUCUAUUUGUAUUGAUGCCAUGUGCUAGAAGAUAGAAUAGCAUUGAGAAAAUCGAAGUACAAUAAAGCUAAGUUUAUUUUUGAA